CCCCAACAGCAACUGUUCCAUACUGAUAUUGCUCGCACGAGUCUUUUCCCGCGCAUCCUCCGCGAUAGGCAGCAACUGCACAUCUGCGAUCCAUUGAUGUCAACCACAAGUCCUGUGACGUCAUCGACAUCCUUCCAACGCUCGUGGCUCCCAAACACGGAAAAUAACCUUGCAGAUCGUUCUUAAUACGAGAAAGAAAGCUUGUUGGGCAUGGAAAAUAUACGAGACAAUCAACGGGAGCGCAGAUAAGCAUUCUGGGGAACUGAUGUGGUAUGACGAUGGCGGCGUUUUCCCCUCGCUUUGGGUGUGCAUGUAUGUACGGUGCUAUGUAGCUUGGAGCGGGCCUUAUCACCCACAAACACCCCUCUUCAACCGCUCGAUCGUACGUCCCUUUGCAGCCACCACUAUCUCCCCACCCGACCUCUUCAAUCAACCUCCGCAAAAACACCGCAAAGAGAAAAAUGGGCAAAUCCAAGUCGUCAAAAUACAACCCGAAUGA